GGUUCUUCUACAGAGCCAGAGAGACAAAUAUUGCCGAUAUAUAUAUAUAUAUAUACAGAGAGAGAGAGAGAGAGAGAGAGAGAGAGAGUAAAGAUGACGACUUCGAACUUGGAUUUAGCUUCAGCAGGUGCAGGUGCAGGAACCAAAGCUUCUCUGGAUGUGUCCCAAUUUGCUCAUACCCCUUUCUACUGCGAGGAGAAUGCAUACUUGCUUUGCAAAAAGCUUUGCACAAAUGGUGUAGCGGAUAUAGACGGAUCUGAUCUUUAUGUUGUUUUCAUCUCCAAUGAAAAGAAGCAGGUUCCACUGUGGCAUCAGAAAGCUAGCUAUAGAGCAGAUGGGGUUACUCUCUGGGAUUAUCAUGUGAUCUGUGUCCAGAGAAAAAGAGGUCAAUCCUCUGCUCUAGUGUGGGAUUUGGAUUCAAGUCUUCCAUUUCCAUGUCCUCUGGCCUCCUACGUCUCAGAAACUAUCCGGCCAUCUUUUCAUCUAUUUUCUGAGUUCCAGAGAUUUUUCCGGGCUGUGCAUGCUCCAAUAUUUCUUCGUUCCUUUGCAUCUGAUAGAAGACACAUGAAAGAUUCUGCAGGAAACUGGAUUGCUCAACCACCCACAUAUGAACCAAUAGUGGCUGAAGAUGGGACUGUGCACAACCUGAAUGAUUACAUUGAGAUCUCUGCAGCAGGGUUGGUGAAGGACAUAGGAGAUGAGUUGAUCAAAGCAGUCUGUAGCGAAAAGUUUGGUGUUCUGCUGGGUGAGAGCCAAUUAGAGGAAUUUUUCUCCAUGAUUCCCUGAUGACUCAGGAUGAUCUUGAGCUUGAAAUUGUGCUGUGGAGAUAUAUAGAGGAUAAACUAUAAGUGUUUGCAUUUUUCAGUUGACUAGGGAAGAAUCAAGCGAUAAAGAAAACUUGAAAUAAAAUCAUGCACGCACAAGACCAAAUUUAUAUGGUUCAGCAAAGAAUGCCUGCAUCUACUGUUGUAUCAGGUGUUUCUUCACUGUUGAAAAUGUUACAACUACAAAAAUUAUAGUCACGUAUUUAUAUAUGAAGAGAGCAAAAACAAUAGAAUUCCUAA